UAUUUCCUGCCUUUUCCUUCUCGUGAUGAGUCAAGUCCCCAUUGCUGUGUCUUCGACGACGUUUCCGCUGUCUACCCGAGCCUUGUCUAUCGGACGGUUGAAGACGCAGUGGAUGCAACGUCAAGCUGCUCGUGCUACGCAAAGAAUACGCGCGUUAAAUUGGCACCAAGACUUGAAAAGCGGUUUGCGUCGUGAGGAAGAGGGCGUGUACCCCUCCCAUGCCGAGCCGAAACCCAUUCAGCGCACCUCUCGCUCGUCCGUGAAUUUGACAGACUUCUGGUCGGGCUGGCAGUUGAUCGGAGCAGAUUUUGGAUAUUAUUUGACAGUCCAAGUCGGGAGCCCUCCGCAACCAAUGAUCGUCCAGGCUGACACGGGCAGCUCCGACCUUUGGCUAGCCAGUACCGGAAGCGUUGGCGUACCGAACACCUUCAACAAAAGUUCAUCGUCCACGUUUUUGGACUUGGACCGAACGGUUGGCAUAUCCUAUGAUGACGGGAGCAACACUGUUGCCGAAGUUGGUACGGACCGGGUCAGUCUGGCCGGUUUUACCGUCGACGACACAACGGUCGAAACAGCCACCAUAACUCCAUCGUCAGGCUUAGCAUAUGAAGCGCUAUCGGGGAUUAUAGGACUUGCAUGGAGCGCCAUAUCAUUCUCUCAAACCCCAACUUUCAUGGAACAACUAGCGUACUCCGGCAUUCUUUCCGAGCCGUUGUUCAGUUUCUAUCUUGGGCGGGGCUACGAUAGUCUCGGUGAUCAAGUGACAACCGAAAGCAAUGGGACUGUGACCUCUGGUUCUUUCACCGUUGGUGGCGUGGAUGACACAACUUUCACCGGUAACAUUUCCUAUUUCCCUAUCAUUUCACAAACAUGGUGGCAGGUAGCCGCCGAUGGUCUAUAUGUGAAUUCCCACCUAGUACAUGGGACCGCAGGUUUGCAGGCCAUGAUGGACACGGGUACGGAAUUCGUGACUUUGCCCAACGCGAUGAUCAAAGCGCUCGCCAAAGCGGUGGGAGGCAAGGCAGUCAAGGAAGACGGCAUUGGCUACAAUCUCUACGUUGACUGUUCCUCGACUCUCCCCGGGAUCGCGCUCCGCAUCAACGGCAGUGAUUUCGAUUUCUCCAUGGAGGACCUUGUUUGGGAUGUCUUCCCUGUAAACACCACUGGUCUAGCAAAACACACAGGCGUCGAGAAAGGACGUCUCGCGUGCUUGCUACCUUUCAUGACCGUGGAAGGCCCUGCACUUGACGGCCCGCCACUGACGGCUAUAUUCGGAGAUACGUUUCUCAAGUCAUGGACGUCUGUGUAUGAUAUCGGGAAUCUGCGGGUGGGACUUGCCCCUGCUUCGCCCCCUCCACGUUACAAUACGGUGGCCGAUGUCGUCAACUUCAAGUUGUAUCAAGCCGGACUCAUCAGCAACUUCACCCCUGGGGCUUCAUCUCCAAUCUCUUUCACGCAAGCUACUAAUUCUGCCAAUCAGAUCAGAGGAAAUAUGGUUCUCAUAGGGACUCUGUUGCUCUGCUACACUACUGCGUCACCAACCGUGAAAGUGGUCUCGGAAUUUAAUUGCAUCGCCAAAGUGAUACAUGCUGGCAGUGUGAGUGCCUUUCUGGCUGUGAGGCUGCGGUAUCACACAAGAAUAACAAUGAGCCAUGCGGGCCGCGGUACUGAUACUGCGGACAGGCAUAUGACUUCGUGUCCGAUGCAAAAUAUUGACUUGCUUCGGUGCACGAUGGGGACUUCACGAGAUGACGGUGCAGGCUUGAUGUUGCCGGCCAACGACUCUCGUCGCCACCUUGAAUGCAGCAAGACCUGGCGAGCUCAUGGCGUUCGGGUUUUUGUUACUGCCGCUCUCACCUUCGCUUGGUUCUUUCAUGGCUACAACCCCUGUCUUCAUCUCUUCCAAGAGUUCUCAGUAUCAAACAGAGCGCUUUCAGCUACUACGGCUUUAGUGGACUGGAAAUCCUGUGGAAGCGGACCUGAGGAUUUCCCCGGGUUCCAAUGCGCCGACGUCACCGUGCCGCUUGAUUAUGGCAACGAGUCGGACUCGCGUACCGUCUCAAUCGCGGUCACUCGUUAUCUCGCGAUAGACCGUAAGAAUAGGCAAGGAGCUAUAUUCCUCAAUCCCGGUGGCCCAGGAGGUUCGGGUACUGGCUUCACGUUCACCCGUGGCCCCAUAUUGUCACGCAUAUUUGAGGGCAAGUUCGAUCUCGUUGGUUUCGAUCCACGCGGAGUCAACAAGACGCUCCCCUACGUGUCGUGCUUCGAAUCAAAAUUGGACCAAGCUUUAUUCUCGGCGCAACACAACGAGUUCUCGCUUGAAUUGCCUACGAAUGUCACGGAUGCAAACAAAGAGCGUGUUCAGGAUCAUAUCCAGACACAGCUUGGUGGAAUCUUGGCCGCAUACCGGAGCCUUGCUCCAAAAUGCGUGGAGAGGACCGGAGAAGAGAUAUCCUUCGUUGGUACUGAUUAUGUCGUUCGCGAUAUCGACUACUUGGCGAACCUCAUAGAAGGAGAGGAUAAGCCGAUCAAUUACUGGGGCUUCUCGUACGGAACGGUGAUCGGUCAAUAUCUGAUCAAACUCCUCCCUCCAGCCCGCAUUGGGCGUAUUAUCAUUGACGGGGUUGUAAACGCGGAUAUUUGGAAUGAUUAUCCUCACAACGUUCUUGACCAAGGUCUCCAGGACAUCGACAAGAUUGUAGACGGUUUCGCAACUACUUGCUCGGCGUCGAAGAACACCACUCAAUGCGCACUUGCUGAACUCAGUCCAAAGGAGAUCGUUCAUCGUAUAGAUGGACUGAUAGACUCUCUAUACGCUGAACCGCAAGCGGUCUAUAACCUAUCGGUCCCAUCCGUUGCGACUGCUUCCAGUGUCCGUCGGUUGAUGUUCACGAACAUGUAUCGCAUACAGUCUUGGCCCGGUCUUGCUGAGCAGCUCUAUGACGCAUUCUUCCACGCCGACCUCACGAAGCUUGUCAAUGCGACCCUGACUCGUAUUGAAGGGAAGAGCGCCCAAGAACCUGAUACCAGCGCAUACUCCGGCAGUUACGUCUUGUGUGCGGAUGCAAAAGCGUACGACGAGUCUCGUCCCCAGCCAACUAUUCCCGAAAUGGCCUCCAUGAUCCUGGAUUCGUCAGCUAAAUAUACGAUGCGUUUCGCCGAAGGCCAUCUCGGUUUCAUGACCUGCGCGUCCCUCUUCCCGGAGAAGCCCCCUCCACGCGCGACGCUCCGCCACGCCGGCUCGUUUUCCUUGCCGAACGACACGCUAAACACCCCCAUGCUUGUUCUCUCAAACACCUACGAUCCGGUCACUCCACUCGUACACGCGCAGAUGGCCAUCGAUCGCGUUGGCAACAACGCGCGACUGAUCCAACAGAAGGACGGUUAUGGCCACUGCUCCAUCAGCGCCGCGUCUGCGUGUACGGCACGCAGGGUCCGGGAUUACAUGCUACACGGGAAGGUCCAAGAGGAGAAACAUCUGCUUUGUGAUGUCGAUGAGAUGCCCUUCCAGAAAGUCGAUAGUGCCGGUUCGGUCGGUGCUACCUUGUCCGACGACGAUGCAGACCUCUGGAGUGCGUGGAAGGAGUUGGCACAGAUGGGUAUCGAGCACAACAUUGGCUACAAUAUCUAAGAUUGGAUCGAGACGUUACAAAGGUAUAUCCAUGUAUCUAACAAAACUGCACCAGGUUUGAAUAUGUACGAAUCAUCGUUC